AUUUUACUCUUAAGUUACAUAGACGGAGUGCUUGCAGCGGGCGGCAGGUAAGCCAACCGAAACCGAUGGCGUCGGGCUCCGGCAGCGGGAGCGACUUCUCCGUGGUCGUGGUGGGAUCCGACUUCGCGGUCGACGCCGGCGCCGCGCUCCUCGCCCCCGCCGACCACGAGGUGUGGCACGACUGCCUCCCCGUCCUCGCUGAGGCGGACGCCUGCUUCUCCGACCUCGAGGAGCGCCAGGUCGUGCGCAUCCAGGGCACGGAUAGGGCAGGCCGAACCAUCGUCCGCGUCGUCGGCAAGUUUUUCCCGGCUCCAGUAAUUGAUGGUGAACGUCUGAAGAAGUAUGUGUUCUACAAACUGCGCACCGAAUUGCCUGUGGGUCCAUUCUGCAUUUUGUACAUCCACAGCACCGUACAGUCUGAUGAUAACAACCCUGGGAUGUCGAUCUUGAGGACAAUUUAUGAGGAGCUUCCACCUGAAUACAAGGAAAGGCUUCAAGUUUUCUACUUCUUGCAUCCUGGGCUUCGCUCCAGACUGGCCAUCGCCACACUUGGCAGGCUAUUUUUAAGUGGAGGGUUGUAUUGGAAAAUCAAGUAUAUUAGUCGACUGGAGUAUCUCUGGGGGGAUAUAAAAAAGAGAGAGGUUGAAAUUCCAGAUUUUGUUAUUGAACAUGAUAAGGUUCUUGAGCACCGGCCACUGACUGAUUAUGGCAUAGAACCAGAUCCCCUACAUCUUGCUGAUGUACCUGCUGUGGGAUACUCGCUUGGAAGAUAUGAAGAUAAAUGGACUCCAGAAGAUCGAUGGUAUUCAAGGAAUUACAUGUGAAAUUUUCUGUUGUAGCUUAAAAGAUGAUUGUAUAGUAACACGGUACUAUGAGAUUUGUAUUAGAUUGCUAUGAAAACCUUGUCAAGGUCCUGUAUUUCCAACUAAAUUUAUACCUGUUUGAAGAUUUUUGAGCAGACGC